CUCAAAUUCAAUAAAAUUAUAUCUAGCAUUAACUUAUAGUUAAGACCUUUCUUCUCUACUAAUUAUCCGGUAUGGCUGGUUGGUUACCAGAGUUCUUACUAGCCUAUUCAGCUCCCGCCCAUUUCUCCAUCCAUCUCCAUCCACAUCCAUCCAUCUCCAUCCACCUCUAUCUAGAGAACAGAUGCAGAUUCGUAUUUAGAAACCCUGCAAUGAUAUGCAAUGAUGCCAAUUAAUCACCGCAGAACCACAUCCAGACAAAGCUGGCGGCUGACCGCAGGGAGUGAAAUGCCCUGCUUGCAACAUAUUUGCAUCCUACAAGAUAUAAACCUUAGGAUCCCUCCGAUGUCUCAAGAAAUCUUACGCAGACAUCUGAUCAUCCAUUACCUCUGAGAUUGACCCAUCCAAAAUUGGCACUAUCCGCAACAGCCAUGAGUAACAAUUACGACACGGACAACUUCAACACCGCAGAGCUUGCUCUUCAGGUUGUUGCCAUACAUAUUUGCGGCUACCGAAACCCCAGCAACACCGGCGAUGAAGACGGAAACCCUCCCACGAAUCACUGGGCUGCUUUCAUGCAGCUCCCCACCGGUGGCUCUGUCAGACUCGACAUGGCUCCUGGAUACGGCUCAGACGGACGGAGAGGAAAGAUAGAGCUUUCCUCCAAGAAAUAUACGUAUACGCAAAACGCGAUCAAGACAUUGUCGUUCGGCGCCAUUGCCUACGUUACGGUGCAGAUGGUCACGGAAAUGAUCAAUAGAAACGGGAGGGAUAAGUACAAUUUCACAGAGGAGUGGGAGGGAUGUAGAUUCUGGAUCUACACCUUUAUAUCGGACCUGGAAGCUGCGGGAAUCAUUCCAGCAGGUAGCGCGCAAGCUACCUGGGCAGCGGUGUCUUAUUAUUGGCGUAGUCCGAGCGGACAGGAACUAAGAGACGUCAAACAGGGAGAAUUUCGGUAGGGCGAAUGAAACUCGCAUGAGCGAGGAGGAUUGUGUCGGAACGGUACCACAGCGGAAUCGGCCGACGAUAGGUUGCAGUUGAAAAGGAAAACCUUGAGGAAAGGAUUUGGGAAUUUGAUCCUGUAGCCAAGCAUCAUAGCAACAAUGACGGAAUUUGAAGAAUCUAGCAUAUCCUGCUCCGCAUGUUGCGUAAUCUCCGCUGUGAGGAGACGCCGCCUCUCCUUCUCUUCCCCGAGAAUGGGUCAAGAAACAGGAAGAAGUGAUAGCAGAGCCGCCGCCUCAAGAAUUGUGACAAAACUUCCAAUGGAUGAAAGAAUCUUCGCGUAGCUGAGGGCUAGCUCCAGCCUUGCAGAUGAGAUAUAAGAAUGUUCCAGAGUUGUGCAGCAGGUCAA